GUCUUCACAAAGGCAGGACGAGGCCCCAGAUUAAGACUAAAGCAAAACCCGCACCCCAAAAUAAACUUUUGGCACGUAGGAAUUCCCACCUAAAAUAUCGGGAAUUUCCUGAUUGCUGGCUGGAACCAGUUUCAAGCCAUACUCAUAAUGGGUUUAGUAAAAGAAUUAUUUCUAAUUUUUAUAUUAAAAUUAAGCUCAAUUUAUGAACAAUUCCAAAUUUGGGCAAAAGAUUAUGGCCCAGUUUAUACAAUUUGGAUAGGAGAAGAUCCAACUGUUAUUGUUACUGAUUAUGAAAUUAUGCGUGACCUUUUUAUCAAAGAAGGCGAUAUUUAUGCUGGUCGAAAUCUUAUGGGCAAUCUUUUUAAAAAGUUUUCAGUAAAAGACGAUUAUGGGGGUGUUAUACGCACUGAAGGAGAUCCCUGGAAGGUUGUGCGUCGAUUCGGUCUACAGUCAAUGCGUAAUUUGGGUGUUGGAAGGGCUGGACUUGAAAAACAUUUACUUGAAGAUAUGGAAAGAUUUAUUGAACAAAUUAAAGAGGAAAUAUCUGAAAAUGGUGGAUAUAAUGUUAAUCUUCAAUGUAAAAUAGAUCGUUUGUCUGGGACUACAGUAAAUCGAGUUAUCUUUGGAUAUCCAUUCGAAGAUGAACAUAUGUCUGAAUUCUACGAAUUAAAGCAACCUUUGGAAGAACAAACGUGUUUACUUUCAUCAUUAACAGGCCUUAUGUUAAUAACUAUGCCUUGGCUUCGAUAUUUCCCCAUAUUUUCACAAACAUUUAGAAAAUUAGACAAUAAUUUGACAACUUGUUAUAAAUUCAUUAAAAGACCAAUAAAUAAAAGAAUUUCUGAACGGGAGAAACAAGCACCUGAAGAGAGAGGAGAACCCAAUGAUUUACUUGAAGACUAUAACACCCUUUUGUUUCGAUUUAUUUUGGCUGGUCAAGACACAACUUCGACUACAUUAAAUUUCUUAAUUUUAUAUUUAAUUCUUGACCAAAGAGUUCAAUCAAAAAUGCAUAAAGAAUUAGAUCGUUUGGAGGAGGAAAAGGGCCGUAAUGGAUUUGAUAAUUCUGUUACACAAGCUGAUAGAGGAAAAUUACCUUUUUUAAAUGCUGUUAUUAAUGAAACACAACGUGUUUGUAAUUUACUUCCAUUAAAUCUUACACACCGAACAAUGACAGAUGCUCAAAUUUUAGAAGGGAAAUAUCACCUUAGAAAGGGCAUAUCCAUUAUUCCACAAAUUUGCUGUGUGCUAUUUAAUGAAAAAGUAAAUUUUUAA